AUGGAGAGAGAGCCAUCUGAUUCAGUUGAGAAUGUGGUAGCGAUCCUGCAGGAGUCUUGUUACAGCACCUGGUGGGGUCAGGUCUGGUUUGUGAUCGAUAACAUAGUACUGGUAACAGGAGUUUUGGCUAAUUCUGUUCUGCUCGUGCUGUUUCUGAGAGAGAGGAAGACACUGUCGGCUUCACAGGUUUUGGGGACGAACCUGGUGAUAAUGAAUCUGAUAUAUCUGACCAUUAUACCUCUGGACAUGAUCACCAGAGCACCUGUGUAUUCCACAUCCAAUGAAACAAGAGCCAGACCUGAUGUAUCAGCCAUUAUUAGUGGAAACCAAACUGAAAUGUGGAACAUUCCAGAACCUUUUGACCUCAGGAGGACAUCCGACAUAUUCAUUUUGAUUGGGAUACCUCUGCUGCUCACUUGCAUGUGCAUAGAGCGUCACCUCGCUGUGAGUCAUCCAGUGCUGUAUAUGAAGAUACGGGAGAAGAAGUACCGAGUGAUGGUGUCCGUAGUGGUUUGGGUCAUUACUGUAGGCAUCUCUGCCACCUCACCGUUCGUGGGUAAUAUCCAGAUCCUACUCCCAGUCUCUGUCAUCAUCUCCUUCCUGUUUGUUGUCAUGCUGUUGUGUUUGGGGACGAUAGUGCGAUCGCUAUGGCAAACAUCUCCAGCCCAUCACGAUGCUCUUGGCAACAACAAUCGCGCCAACUCACCUCAGAAACGUCAGGCAGUCCAGAGUCUGCUCUUUGUGGUAGUGUCAGCCAUCUUGGUGUACUUACCUGUGCUGGCUCUGUUUCCUUUCAUCCUGUACAUCUACAACAACAGGAGGUCCCCCUUGUCCCAACAGGCUGUGUGUAAUGUGUUUCAAUGCACGGUGCUGUUCCCUUCUUUUGGAGUGCUCAUUGGGCCUUUGUUCUUCUUCUCCAAAGCAAAGCAAAUGUUCAAAUUCAAGGAGAGAAGCAAUUCUGGGUGA